CAUACAAAAAAGAAUGCAAACAUGGCGGCAUGCAGUGUGGAAAGAACAUCUCCUCCUUUCUGAUCUCUGUGAUGAGCCGAGAAGGAGCUCUUCAUGGAGUCUGUUCAGCAAAGACUAGCUGAGUUUUCCCUGGAGGCUCACGAUCUUUACCUGAACAACUUGGUGCCACUCUUGGAUGGACCACCUGAGCCGCUGCAGUUCUACCGUGACUGGAUUGGCCCAAACAAGCCCUGCAUCAUUCGCAAUGCCUACAGCCAUUGGCCAGCUCUGUCCAGGUGGACACCAAAGUAUCUCAGGGAGAAGAUCGGGUCAAAGGUGAUCAGUGUGGCAGUGACUCCUAACGGCUAUGCUGAUGCUGUGGUGGGAGAUCGUUUUGUCAUGCCUGAGGAACGACAGAUGAGCUUUUCUUCUGUGCUUGACAUAAUAGAAGGAAAGGUGCAGAAAAAUGGAGUGUUCUACAUCCAGAAGCAGUGUUCUAACCUGCUGCAGGAGCUGCCUGAGCUCGUGGGUGACCUGGAGCCUCAUGUUCCCUGGAUGAGCACAGCCCUCGGAAAGUCACCGGAUGCAGUCAAUUUUUGGCUAGGAGAAGCAAAUGCCAUCACAUCCAUGCAUAAAGAUCCCUACGAGAAUCUGUACUGUGUCAUUUCUGGAGAAAAACACUUCAUCUUGCUGCCGCCCACUGACCGACCCUUCAUCCCUUAUGGUCUGUACCAGUCAGCUGUUUACCAAGAGCAGGACAGCGGUGAAUUUAAGGUCGUCGAUAACAGUGACUCACACAAGGUUCCUUGGAUCCCUCUGGACCCUCUGGACCCGGACUUACAGCGCUUUCCACAGUACCGGUUGAGCCGGCCACUUUGGUGCACGGUGAAAGCUGGAGAGAUGCUGUACCUGCCGUCUUUGUGGUUCCACCAUGUCCAGCAGUCUCACGGCUGCAUCGCAGUGAAUUUUUGGUAUGAUAUGGAGUACGACAUCAAAUACAACUACUUCAAGCUUCUGGAAUCGCUGUCUGAAGUCACAACAGAUCCUUAUGACGUGGCGGCACCUUAAUGAUGUUAAAGAUGUUACAGCCACACAUUUGUGUCCAACUGCAGAAAGUCCACAGAAAGCUGUUUGUUUUGGCACUUGUAAAAUGGAGCUGAUUGAUCGUUUAUUGAUUGUAAACCUCUGUACAACAGCGCCUCCUGGUGUACUUGGUUAUUUAUGUCAGGUUAUAGACAAAACUGAAUUUAUUCAAUGAACCUUUCCAAAUAACUGUUAACUCAUUCAGUUUACCCUUGUGUCAGUAAAGGGGGAUACAUACUGCUGCUGUGUCUUGUUCUCUGUAUUUGUGGCUGUAAAACCCAAGCUGCUGCUGCCUGUUUUUUCCUUCCUUCUAUGGCAUAAGUCACUGAUCUGUGUGAAACUGUAAGUUAACCACAAAGAUGUAAAUUAAUAAAUUUUCCUUUCCAUUUGCA